AUGUUCGCAAACGGGCUGCAUGCUCUGACAGUGUGCUUCUGGGAUGGCUUUGACUGGCUGGGCGAAAAGUUCGGCACGUCCCAGGAGACACGGCUGAUGCAAGCUCGCAUCAAGCAGCUGGAGUCACAGGUGGCGGUGCUACAGGAGCUCGUCACCGAAGUUAGUGAGGCGCUCCACAGAGCGGUGGACCGCCAGGAGCUGCAGGCGGCGGAGACACGUGUGAUGAACAGCAUCCAGGCGUGCUGCCAAGCCAUGCAUGCGCCGCCGGCGGCUGCUGUCUAUGUGCCCUAUGCACAGCCGGCGAGGGCUCGUGACGCAUGGGGUCGCUUCGGAUAG